CGCUCGCUGUGCCAGUAGUCACUCGUGCUGUCGCUCCACUCCACUAUCAUGCGAGAAGUCGCGAAAGUCCCCUAACUGAAGAACUGUCUUUAUCUCAGUUGUUUUAUUGUCACUAUUUUGAAACUCCUGUGUUCGUGAGUUCGUGUGUGUGUAUUUCCUUUCAUCUGUGGUAUUUUGAGAAUAUGGUUUUAAAAUACUAAACUCUACAUCUUGCAUGAAAAAUGGCAGAGUUUGAAGAAAGUUGUACAAUUCUAAUUGAAGGCAUGACAUGUCAGUCAUGCGUCAAUUCUAUUGAAUCUAAUAUCGGCCAAGUAGUUGGAGUUAAUGGUAUCAAAGUGAACCUCGAAAAGAAAGAAGCUGUUAUUGAUUUGGAUAAAAUGUCAGAUCUCUCACCUUCAAAAGUUGCUGAACUUAUAUCAGACAUGGGUUUUGAAGCAAAACCUGCAAUUAGUACUUCUUCUAGUGGUGUGUCAUCAAUGACGAAGGAUUCUUUACAAAGUCCACAAUAUUGUGAAACUUUUGAGGAUGAAUCUCCACUAAUCAGUGGAAAUCCGCCACCUGUGAUCCUUCCUGCGCAACCUGCAAGGAAUUUCUGUGGAUCUAUGAUUCGCAGUAAAGUUUAUUCCAACGACUUAUGGCAGGUUUUGGACGCGGACGAGACCUCGGCCCUGAUGGCGGGCCACGACGACCAGGAGGACGCCGUCGACGGUCCCUCCGGCGCUCGCGAGGCCACGGUGGACGUGCACGUCGAGGGCAUGACGUGCCAGUCUUGUGUCCGGAACAUUGAGGGCCACGUGGGGAAACAACCCGGCGUGCUGCACAUCAAGGUGAGCUUGGAGCAGAAAAGUGCGAGCAUUACAUACGACCCGAAUGUGACAACAGCUGAAGAACUGCGAUCCACCAUUGACGACAUGGGUUUUGAUGCAACACUGGAAGACAAUAGCAUUGAGUUAGCCUGCCAAAUUAGAGUGGAAGGCAUGACCUGUAUGUCUUGUGUUCGGAACAUUGAAGGGACUAUUUCAAGCAAACCUGGUGUCCUUCAUAUUUCUGUUAGUUUAGAAAACAAAGAAGCAUCUGUUAAGUUUGACCCUAUAUCUGUGUCAGCUGCAGAAAUUACUGAAUUCAUAAAUGACAUGGGAUUUGAAGCAGAAUUAAUGUCAGGAGGAGGUGACACUUCCAUGUCAGGGAACAAAGACAGCAAGGAAGGAAAACGAAAAUCAAAAAGUGAGGGUAAAGUUUCAAAUGGAUAUGACCAGAGAAUAACUAUUGAAGAUGCGCCUGAUGAUUCAAAUCUUCAAAAAUGUUACCUGCAUGUAAAGGGCAUGACAUGUGCCUCAUGUGUUAGUGCGAUUGAGAAACAUUGCCGGAAAAUUCAUGGUAUUCACAGUGUAUUAGUUGCUCUUUUAGCUGCCAAAGCUGAGUUUAAAUAUGACCCAGUGAUGAUUCAAGCUAUAGACAUAGCAAAUUCAAUUACUGAACUAGGAUUCCCAGCAACACUUAUUGAUGAGCCUGGUACUGGUGAGGCUGAAGUAGAAUUAAGGAUUUCAGGAAUGACUUGUGCAUCCUGUGUAAAUAAGAUUGAAUCUUCUGUGAAGAAAAUGAAAGGAGUCAAAACAGCAUCUGUUGCACUGACAACUCAAAGAGGAAAAUUCCGUUUUGAUGCUGAAUUAACUGGUCCUCGGGACAUUGCUGAUUUUAUAACUGAAUUAGGUUUUCCAGCAUCCUUCAUUUCCAAAGACAACAAUUCCCGAUCACACUUAGACCAUGAGGAUGAUAUUAGAAAGUGGCGUACUGCAUUUAUUAUAUCGCUCACUUUUGGACUGCCCUGUAUGCUAUUUAUGAUGUAUUUCAUGUUUGGAAUGGAUUUUGGAUACAUUGCUCAUGAAGACAUGUGCUGUGUUGUACCUGGUCUAUCAUUAGAAAACCUAUUACUUUUUGUGUUUUCUACUCCUGUUCAGUUUUUCGGAGGUUGGCAUUUUUAUGUUCAAGCAUAUCGAGCACUAAAACAUGGGACUACAAACAUGGAUGUCCUUAUAUCUAUGGCAACUAUUAUCUCCUAUGUGUAUUCAGUAUGUGUACUCAUGGCAUCAAUGAUUUUGAUGACACCCACCAGUCCUCAAACAUUUUUUGAUACCCCUCCUAUGCUGUUUGUAUUUGUCUCCCUUGGACGUUGGUUAGAACAUGUUGCUAAGGGCAAGACAUCUGAAGCUCUGUCCAAAUUAUUAUCACUAAAGGCAACCGAUGCCCUUCUUGUUACAAUUGGUGAAGAUGCAAAUGUUACUUCUGAGAAGGUGAUUAGUGUAGAUCUGGUUCAAAGAGGUGACAUUCUCAAGGUUGUUCCUGGCUCAAAAGUGCCAGUAGACGGUAGAGUAAUUUUUGGCAAUUCUACUUGUGAUGAGUCUCUUAUCACUGGGGAAUCAAUGCCUGUGCUGAAAAAAGUUGGUUCUGUGGUGAUAGGAGGAUCAAUCAAUCAGAAUGGUCUUCUUUUGAUGACUGCGACUCACACUGGGGAAGCAACAACACUUGCUCAAAUAGUUCGCCUUGUGGAGGAGGCUCAGACAUCGAAAGCUCCUAUUCAACAUUUAGCUGAUCGCAUUGCAGGCUACUUUGUACCCCUUGUUAUUGGUGUAUCUUCACUUACUCUCUUAGGCUGGAUUAUUACUGGUUAUGUAAAUGUAAAGUACCUGCCUAUCAGUGAAAGUGAAGCUUCUGGACUUAGUCAUGAUGAAGUGAUAUUCCAGUAUGCAUUCAGGUGUGCUUUAAGUGUCCUUGCAAUAGCUUGUCCAUGCGCUUUAGGACUUGCUACUCCUACCGCUGUGAUGGUUGGAACUGGAGUUGGUGCAUUAAAUGGUAUUCUUAUCAAGGGUGCUGAACCUUUGGAAAAUGCUCACAAGGUGCGGACUGUUGUCUUUGAUAAGACAGGUACUAUUACACGAGGAGUUGCAUCUGUAUCACAAGUAUGUCUCUUUGUGGAGAAUGUGACUUUCAGUCUGUCUAAGUUUCUUGCUAUUGUGGGUACAGCUGAAGCCAGUAGCGAACAUCCUAUUGGUUCUGCUAUUGUCAGAUUUGUAAAAGGAGUCUUUUCAUCUGAAAUUUCUGGAAAGUGUAACAAUUUUCAAACUGUGCCUGGAUGUGGAUUGAAGUGCACAGUUUCCCAUUUAAACAGCCUCCUAUCCUCUACCAGCAAAUCAGAUAUACUGACUACUUUCAAUAAUUCUAAGAAUCGGAAUGACCAAACAAUAACUGCAGAUGGUGUAAUAAUAAGAACACAGCUUACACAGCAAGCAAUUCAAGAGAAGUGUUUGCUUGAGCUCCAGCAAAGAUUAGAUGAGAACAUUGACAAUAGUUCUAAAGACGGAUGUUAUGAGGUUGUAAUUGGUAACCGAGAAUGGAUGAUGCGCAAUGCUGUCUCUGUGCCUCAAGAAGUUGAUGGAGUGAUGUCAUAUGAGGAAGAAAAUGGCAGGACUGCUGUGCUGUGCGCUAUUGAUGGUGUCCUAGUGGGAAUGCUGAGUGUAGCUGACAUGGUGAAACCAGAAGCUCAUCUUGCUGUUUAUACUUUAAAGAAACGAGGCUGUGAGGUGAUUCUUCUCACUGGAGAUAAUAGGAAGACUGCUGUAGCUAUUGCUCGCCAGGUUGGAAUUACUAGAGUCUUUGCAGAAGUUUUACCAUCACAUAAAGUUGCCAAAAUUCAGGGUUUGCAAAAAUCUGGCAAUAGAGUUGCUAUGGUGGGAGAUGGUGUAAAUGAUUCUCCAGCUUUAGCUCAGUCAGAUGUAGGAAUAGCUAUUGCAUCAGGAACUGAUGUUGCAGUAGAGGCAGCAGAUGUAGUCCUCAUGAGGAAUGAUCUUUUGGAUGUAGUGGGCUGCUUAGAUCUAUCAAGAAAAACUGUGCAGAGAAUUCGACUGAAUUUCUUAUUUGCCAGCAUGUACAAUAUUGUUGGGAUUCCAAUUGCUGCUGGCCUUUUCAGUCCCUUUGGGUUUACUCUUCAGCCUUGGAUGGCAUCAGCAGCCAUGGCUCUGAGCUCUGUGUCGGUUGUGGCAGCUUCGCUGUUACUGAAAACAUGGCUUGUGGGGCGUAGCAACAAAUCCCAAUCUACUCGUCUCUUGGACCAAACUGAUGACAUGGAUGAGUUGGAUCCAGUUGUAGGUAUUACUGGUUUCUCCCCGAAAGCCAAACUAAACACUGACACAGAUCAGAUUACCAUCUUGUAACAGACUUUUGUGAGAGAAAUCUCUUCCUCUUGUGGUCUUCAUUAGUGUAGUGUAGUUAUAGAUAAAAUAUUUGUGUCAUAAACUUGAAAGUCAUGAGAAGACUCUUUUUAUUAAAUGAACUAUGUGAUAGCCUUUGCUCGGCCUUAAAUCAGAGAAAUACUUAUUAUGUUGAGACUUACAGGUAACCUAGUUACCCUAGACUUAAGCCCCCAUUCAAAUGUGAUUUAGGGCCACUAUAAUUGUGCAAAUAUUUACAUCUCUUCCUUGCUUUACUAUUUAAGUAUUUUGACUUCAUUGACAGAUUAUUUGUAAACAAUUCCAACCUGUCACAUUAGAAUUCUUACAGUGAUUGUUUUAUAAUCUUAAUUUUACAUGACUUACUUUGUUGUUGUUUUCAGUUUGAUCACCUGCCUUGUAACUCUAUUUUUAGCAGGUAUACAUUUCACAUCUUUGUAUUCUUGCUAUUUGUGUGGGAGAUGCUGCCUUUAACUUUUUCCCUUACUAAAACUCUUAGCCCUUCCACAACUAUAUCUUUUAUUCUAUAACAGAUCAUAAUGCUUCAGUGAAGCAGUUUGCUGUGCUUAAUAUUAUCUUAUAAAUGUUAUGUAAUUUUGUACGGCUCUGAAAAUAUAUUUUAUGUUUUUAA